AAGUUAUGCGCAGCUUCGCUGUCGCCAGUUUUUUUUUUCUUUUUUUUUUGCUUCUUCUUCCUUUUCCCUGGAGAUCCAGGAGGAGUCGCCAGCUUUUGGGUUGCCAUCAGCACCAGCACGGAGGAGGGAAGUCGGCGGCGACGGGUUGCCGAUCACACAAAAAGCCGGUUGCUUGCUCCACUUCUUUGGCGGCGCGGCGCGGUGCUGUGUACAAGACUCCUCCCUCUCCGAUCCCAUGGCCUACCGCCGGAAGCAGGGCGCCGCCGUCGGUGCUGACGAUCGCCGGAGCUCCUACCCCCAGGCCUCGGCAUCAUCAUACAGUUACACAUCUUUCGAAAGCAUAAAUGAGCCCAAGCUUGGAUUGUGGGGAACUUUGGCAAGGAAAGCAAAGGGAAUUCUCGAUGAGGAUGGCUUCGCACAUAAGUUUGAGGACUUGAGGAAAGAACAAACCCAUAGGAACACCAGUUCAUCCACUGGAGAUCAGGCCCCUCAGUCUCGUUGGUCAUUUGAAAACCACUGGAAGACAGGAGAUGCUGCAUCUCGAAUUAGGCCAGAGGCUCUUUCUGCUUCUGUCAACCAGCUUAGUGGAAGAAUCAGAAAUGCUUUUGAAGAAGGACUCACAAUUGUGGAUAGUAAGACAUCCAGUAUUAUUGAGGAGACUAAGAAAAUCCAAAUUAGAAGGAAGCCUACCGGCUCAAGUUCUUAUGUGCCGAGUUCUGUCGCGGAUACAUUCGGCUCUCCUAAUGACUCAUUCAAUCAAGCUGAAUCUGCAGCCCAGGAUACGCAACUGAAAUCAUCUCGCGACGUUGCCAAUGCAAUGGCUGCUAAAGCAAAACUUCUACUCCGUGAACUAAAAUCUGUUAAAGCCGAUCUAGCUUUUGCAAAGCAGAGAUGUGCUCAGCUAGAAGAAGAGAACAAGAUGUUGCGAGAAACAAAGCAGAAAGGGAGGAAAACUGAAGAGGACGAUGACUUGAUUCUUGUGCAACUGGAGACAUUACUGGCGGAGAAAUCAAGGCUGGCACAGGAAAAUUCGACAUAUGCCCGCGAGAAUCGCUUCUUGCGUGAGAUUGUAGAUUUUCAUCAAUUCGCCACCCACGACGUUGUCUCCUUGGAUGACGGAGACAUGGAAGACGAUGACCCGGAAGAAGACAGCAAUGUGUUGGACGCUGAAAACAUGUUACUACCUGUGGUUGAAGAAAACUCAGGAGAUGACGAGGAACUGAUCUCCCCAGUACCCUCCAGGCCAGAAUCUCCAAAUCUCAGCCCAACAGAAGAAUCAUCCCCGAAAAUGCAGCAAUUCGCAAAGCGUUGCUGAUUCACCAAACAUUGCCAGAGCCAAAUGCAUCAGCAUCUGAAGCAGCUUGACGCAUGUGGCUUUGGCGGCUUGUUCGGGGAUUAUUUCAUCUGGUUUGGUUGUGCUCUUGUGACUUGUGUGUAUAAAAUUUUGUCCCCCACAUUGGUUUGCAGUUGUAUGUAACAUGAUGUGUAUAGUAUAGUUACAACAGGUUUCUGCAUUUUGUAUAAAGUGUAUAGCAGAUUGGUGGGUUUUGAUGAAAAACUGGCUCGUGUGGUUUGGGAGAGUUUGUAAUAAUGCAUGUAGUUACUGGUGAAUUUGGCUGGUGUGAAUAAGCAAAAUGAAAACAGCAUUUUAUUUGAAGAGUGGGAUUUGACU